AUGUCUGUUGUUCCUCUUCGGGUGAUAUAUUGGUUGUUAUGGACAAUUUGAAAAGAAAUGAUUCAAAAGUUGUACGGUAUUCUGGCUCAACCGUAAAACAAAGUAUACAAUUUGAUGGCAAAGGUCAGCGUCUGUAUUCAACUCUUGGUGAAUGUCCAUGUUCUAAAAGCAUCGUUGAAAAUAUGAACUUAGACAUUUGUGUGGCUGACGGCCACAAAAAUGCAAUCACUGUUGUCAACUGUGCCGGUGAACUCAGGUUUCGGUACACUGGAAUUUUUAAUCCUAUCGGCAUCGCUACAGACAGCCAGGGGCGGAUCCUGGCAGUUGAAACCCCUGAGAAUCGUAUCCACAUCCUAGAUCAGGACGGACAGUUCCUCCGCUACAUUGACAACUGUGGCUUAGUGGCUCCGUGGGGUUUAAGUGUGGACAAUGACGAUAAACUCAUAGUGUUGAGGAGAGACAGUGGUAAUGUGAAGAAAAUUCAAUACUGUCAGUGAAUAAGUUUAUUUGUUUCAAGCGUUAUGUG